CCGAAGGCGAAUGGGGCCCCAGGUCUGAGGGGCGCAACGGGUGACUUUUGCGUCGCUGGCAAUUAACAACACUUGCUGGGUUUGGCUGAUCGGGAUUCGACAGGCCACUUGCAAACACUCUUUCCAAUCUCUGGUAUUCUUGUCUAUCUUUGAUCAAACAUUUACAAACUUCAUGGGCCGAUGCCCUUGCUACUCUUCUCGCAUUGCCCGGUUCCCAUUUGCUUCCCUUCUGCCUAGGUUUGCCUUAACGUGACGCACGCCGUAUCGGAUCAGACACGAACCAAACCGCGUAGCGUCGUCAAUCGUCCAUUUACGCCUCGAUGCUCGUGGGCCACGCCCCCUUUGCCUCGGUCACCCCGAGCCAGGGCUUGCGCUGAACUGCUGAGCUGACCGCUUUUACUUGCUGCCCCUGAGCUGCGGCGCGGCAGACGCAGACGCAGACGGCAGACAGCGGCCUUCGCUGCCUUCUCGGCUCGGACCCGCCUAAGCCAUGCUGUCGCAUCUCCGAUUCCAUCGACGUGCGCCGUCGAACCCCCCGUCGCCUCUUCCCGAUCAAUCUCCCUCGUGGGAGACGGCGGCGCUUCACGAACACCCACAGACCGUGCAGGAUGUCUCGCCGCGCCCGGAAACGCGGCCGCGGUCGGCCAAUUCCUCGCAGAUGCCGCCGACCCUGCCCCCAAUCGCACGCGUAGCCUCGGCCGACCCCGAUCUGUCUCCUCCUUUGCGAGACUCCUUCCGCGACGAUACACGACCUGUCUCACAGGGAUCGCGAUUUUCCCCCACCCAGACUCCUUACGAUAGCGGAAACACAGGCUUCAUUGGCGGGGUAGCUCUCCAGAACUACCGCCGGAACACCCAAGGAGCCCAGCGGCCCGAGUCGACCGGAAACCAGGCCAUGCAGCUACCCGAAAGCCACAUUUCGCGAGCGAAGCCCCCACCGCCUCCCAUAAAUACGGGAUUUGUCACGGCCCGGCCCGCUCUGGCGGCGAACAACAGGCCAUCAAAGUCCACAUCGUUUGUCGCGCCGACCGAUCUGCAACAAAGUUAUGUCGGGGCUGCGGGAAAGCGUCCUUCGGGGACAAGGCUGGCCAGCGAACCUGCUACAACCGCUGCUCCAACACCAGGCCCCGAGACGCAAAAGGGGAAAAAGGGCCUGCCGUUUCUGAAGAAUCCAAUGUCGACGCUGUUAAUGAGGAGGCGGACGGGUCAGAACGCCCCCGACGUCCAGCCACUUCCAGUCCUGGCCGAGCCGAGCUACGACCCACGCAUUAGGGGCACGAGGGUCCACGAUUUCAGUGCCCCCCGACCAAAGAGGGUGACAUCAAGCGCCGAUGCCGUAGCCAGCUCUUUCACAAAGCCGGACCCGACACAGGACCCCGACAGGCGUCCAGCUGUGCCUGAACGCAGCGAACCAAAUGGUCUCGCGCAACACGCUCCCUUUGAUCCCAGCACCAAGCCCACCCCUGAGCCCACACUCGACCGGAAGGAGAGCUUUGCGAAAAGCUCGGAUGGCAGCUACGGAUCGACAGUGCAAGACGUUGUCAGUUUGGGCGGGGAAAGGCGUCCGGUAGAGCAACCAGUGCCGCCAGUACCCCCAAAGGAUGCGUCUUCGUCAAUUCGCAGCCCGUCCUCGGCCACGUCGCGUCCCACUUCGACAGCCCCGUCUGCUCGACUGCAUUCGAGCGCUUCGGCAAGGACGAACAAGUCUCGAUUCUCGGCCUCGGGGGUGUCGACACGCGAUUCCGUUCUCUCUUCGGUCCCCAAGCACAUGAAGAGCACGUCAUCGCGAUUCAGCUUCGACAUGAUUGGGUCCGCAAACCAAGAGAAGAUCCUCGAGGAACGGCACAGACAGCGCGAACAAGACAAGAAAACAACCGACGUGGUGACAGGACAACGCGACUCUAGAUUUGACGAGUUUGACGACGACGCUUUCGACUAUGAUGCAAUGAUGGACGAUGACGGUCUGGAGGAGAGAAUCCCUGGUGUUAAUGCUGACCUCGAGGAGGAGGAGGAGGAGGAGGGAGACUACUUUGAAGAGGAGGCGGAUCCGGAUAAUGACCAGGAGAACUUUGCUGGGUUCGUCUUCCAGCGGUCCAAUCCUACGUCGUCGCUGGCAAGUCCGCACAGCCCUGGGAUGCUGGCGACACCCCGCGACUCAAAUGGCAAAGUGAUAGGCUUUGCGAUGACAAAAGAUACAACCCCCGAACUGCCAUCGUCUACUUCGCCCAUAUUCUUUCACGAGCAUCCGGUGGCACCUGGAAGGCAGGACGAUUCUGCCGUGUCCGGCCUUGGCAUUCAGGGGCCAAGCGACGCAGCGCAAACAGUGCCCAAUAGACGGUUGUUUCGACCAAGCUACCAAAUAUCGCCUGCAGACUCACAACCCGCAGCAAAGACGCGCCCCGACGACCUAUAUUUUGAUGAUGGUCUGGCCGACGAGCUUGCUUUCGUACACGAUGGCACCGUCUUUGACGAGUCCAUCUUUGAUAUCAACGACACGGAUAAGUAUGGACGUCCGAUUCCCGGCGCCUUCGCUCAGGCCCAAGAGGCAAUGCGCUCUGCUCAGCAGCAGAACCACAAACGCGAUUCUGACGUCGGCUCCGGUUUGUCGCGACAGUCAGGUGUUUCCGAGUCUACUGCCCACACGUCAAUAAGCGUCGGGCCUCAGCACCUGCAGACAGCUACCGAAGUUCAGAAGCUUGCCCUAUCACCCAAGCAGGUCCCCGACGAGCCCGAGCCGGCAGCCUCAGUUCAAGGGCAAGAUCUAAUGUAUCAGGCUGCCUUAGCCGAAGCUGCUCAGAAGGCCGCAGCCUCGGGCAAGUUCCGGCGGAGCUCCUCCCCGCCCCUGCCGGCCCAGCUCACCAUCACAUCGCCAACCGACUCGUCCGAGUCACUGAGGCACUCGCAUCCCGACGAUGAUUUGGAUAAUUACGAGGAUGACCCAUUUGCGAACGAUUUCGACGAUUACGAAUUAGACGACGAGGCCAUCAUUGCCGAGGCGAACGCCGAUGCACUCGCUAGCGACGCGGAUGGCUUUUAUGGCCAGGAAUUUGGCUUCUACUCGGCUCCUGCGCCCCAACCACACCAUGGGCAGACCCAUCACGGUUCGGCGCCGUCUGGCCCACCGGCCGCCCUGAGCGCCGAGAAUCUCUAUCAGUAUGCCAACGGAGGCUACUUUGGCCCCGCGGGGCAGGGAGUGAAUCGGAGCACGAGCGGGCGUGUUGUUUCUCGCGAGCCGAACCUGACUCCCAUCACUGAGCGCUCAGAGUAUUCUAACCGCAACUCUAUCAUGAGUCUCGCGCUGCCUCCUGCCAUUGGCAGCGACGGUGGGAGGAACUCGGUGGGCAUGCAAAGCCCUGGCCUCGCUCAGUUGGCCCUCAUGUCGGAUGACGACAACAUGAGUCUUUCUGCCUUGCUCAAGCUGCGCUCCAAAGCUUGGGGCGGGUCGCAGGCGAGCUUACCAAACUCGCGCGAGGGCAGCCCGCGGUUAGACUUCGGAGGUGGUGCAGCGGCUGGAGACAGCGCGAGCCCACCACCCUACGGCCCAGGUUCUAGCAUACUCGGGCCUCCGGCGAACAUUAUCAGCGGCACGGGCCACACGCGCAAGAACUCGGCCUUCUCCAUUUGGACCAACUCGGACGCUGGCAGCGGUCCGGGAAGCCCGACGCUUACGAUGAACAUGACGCUGCCCAUGUCAUCGCCCGCCGCAGUGCCGCCUGUACCCCCAGUGCCCACCAAUAUCGGCGGUGUUGCGUCUCCCCAACUGCAGUCCAUGUUUUCGCCGCCAUUGAAUAUGUCGUCUCCCGGGCAGCAGCCGGGCGGCAACCCCUGCUCGCCCGUCUUCGAGGAUGAAGAGGCCGAUGCGGAGGAGGAUCAGGGACUCCUCCCUCCACUCUCUCCAAGACCCAUGUCUGCGUCGGGUGCCUUUGUGCAGAGCCCGACGCAGAUGGGCAGGAGCGGUACUGACGAAGAUGCCUCUGAGUCGCCCACUCAGCAGCAUCAUCGCCGGCCCAGCAUACAGGGCCAUCGCCACAAGGGCUCCGCCGACAGCAUCUCGUACAUCAAGGAGGAAGAGACGACGGGUGGCACGACGCGCUGGGUCAUGGAGCGCCGCAGAACGGCGGAGACGGGCGAGGUGGAGAUCUUGGAGAGGGAGAUCGUGGAAGGCGGCCGCAUCUAAGCCAGGUUAGACUCUGAGCGAGUGUGUGCAGGCGUGUUUUCACGCACGAGCCCCGCGAUUUAUGUGGGUUUCUUGCCUUUACGGGGGCAAAGCCUGGUGGUUAGCAGUCGAAGGAAUUUUUUAUCUUGGGCUUUGUACAUAUAUAUGGAUAUCCCUGUGUACACAUAGUGCUUGGAGUCAGAUUACGCGCUGGUUUACGACAUGGCGGAAAGGAAACAUGGUUUAAUACAAAGACUCUGGGCUGCUGGGGGAGCGGGGAAACCUAGUGAUACAAUAGGAUACGAUACAAAGGGCGAAAAGGGCUUCAAUGCUUAAAUGACUGGACGCGAAGGAGCGAAGGAGCAAAAGGUUGCUUGUGUACAUACACGCUUCGGAACUAGGGUCAUAUGUGUAGAAACAAGAUGCGAAGUUUUUGAUGAA